AAAACUCUACACUAAUCAAUUUUAUUACUGGAAUGAUGAAUCCAAUGUGCAUACCAUUCAGUGACUGUGAUUAUUAUCAACAAGAAUAUUUUGAUGUAAGAAAUUUACCUGUAUCCUGUCAAGAUAAACAAUCAUAUAAUAAGUCCAAUGCAAAUAGACAAUUUAAUAAUCCCUGUAAUACAACAAAUGGAAAAUUGAAUAGACCUGUAUCACAAAGAAGACGAUUUUUUUCUGUUGAAAAUAAUAAACAACCAGUUGAUGGAACACAUCAAAUUAUACAAUGUAAUCAAUCUGGAUGGUACCAAACUAAUUAUAAUACACGGAAUCAAUCAUUAGAGUCACGCUUAGCAGUCGAUAAACCGUUGAUAACAUACAAUGAAAGCGAUAUUCGAGUACGAAAGCGCAGACGAUACCAUAAAAAUCGUCAUGGAUCACAUCGAUUAUACAUGUCUCACAAUAAUAGAAGAUUUCUUUCACCCAAUCCCCUAGUAACUCCUUUAGGUUUAAUGAAAGAAUUACCUUUCUCUAGAAUACAUGAUGCCACUUUUCAUAGAUUAUUUCCUACUAUGAUGAAAAAAGUUAUGCGAGAUCGUAAAGAACGUAGACAAGCAGCAAAAGAACUACCAUAUGCUAAUUAUCCAGAUAACAAACUUCAAGAUUUAUUUUCAAUCAGUCAACCAUCAAAUGAUACAACAGUUAAAGAUCCAAGGACAACUUCACCAUGGAAAUGGGGUCAGAUGAAACAGGAAUACAUGAUCCAUUCUAAAGGAUAUUUACUAAAAGAAGAUAACGUUAUGAAUGAAGAACACGAAACAGAAAAAUGUACAAAUAUAAGAGAAAGAGAUGAUUCAGAGCAAUUCACUAGUAAAUAUGAAUACCCUGAUAGAAAUAACUACAGGACAAUGGCAACCCCGAUCUUAGAGGAAUUUCUAACACCCGGUGAAACGGAAGAAAAACAACACUCAAACUAUUCUGACGAAAAUGAACCUGAGAAUUCUGUUUUUAAAGUCAGUGAAAAAUUAGAAGAAACAUUGUCCUUUAGUCACAUAAACCAAGAGAUUAAACAGAAUUCGAAAAAAAUUCAUUUAUCAGUUGACAAUGAAGUAUCACAUUCAGACGGUUUCGCAUCACACCUACCUAACAAUAAAGAUAUUCAUUGUUGUGAAUAUCAAGAACAAGCCACUUGUGAAUCAUGGAGGACUGAUCCCUGUACUGAAUCACAGACAAAAAGUUAUUUAGAUGAACAAAGAUUUAGUAAGCUUCAUAAGCCAAGUCCAAUUUUAGAGCAAAAAGAUAUACUCAGUGAUUACCAUCCAGAACCUCAAACAGACGCAACAAUUCCACCACCACAGGCCACAGCUAGUUUAUUUCAAUCAGCAUCAGGAGGUCAGUUAACUGGGCUUUUAACGUGUAAAGCUUGUUCACAACCAGCAUAUCUAGCAGAACGCUUUGAAGCGGAUGGCACUGUCUAUCAUACAAGUUGUUUCAAAUGCUAUAGUUGUUUAUGCAUGCUACAAAGAGGAACAUGGAAUCAAAGAGGUUCUAAAUACUAUUGCAAUCCAUGCCACCGUCGAAUAGCAUUACAAACAUUGAGACAUUAGAAAUUGAAGAAACAACCGACAAAUGUGUAACUUAUAAUGGCAUACAAAAAUUUUUUGCAAAACAGAUGAACAUCAACUGUAUUACCAUUCUAAAAGUUUUCAAACAAAAAUAAUUUGAUAUUGAAUUCUAAAAAAAAAGUAACGUUGAAAAUGUAAUACAGGCGCACUAUUGUUUCAUUUAAUUUCUCAAGUUCUUCAAUAUGAACCGAUUUAUUUUUAUUAAAUCAUUUUUCUUUUG